AUGUUAAUGCUGAAUAAAACAGAUAUUACCCCAGCCUCCUUUAUUUUGAACGGCAUACCAGGUUUGGAAGAUUUACAUGCUUGGAUUUCUUUCCCUUUCUGCUCUAUGUACGUUGUGGCUAUGGUAGGUAAUUGUGGACUCCUUUACCUCAUUCGUUAUGAGGACUCCCUGCAUAGACCCAUGUACUACUUCUUAGCUCUGCUUUCCCUAACUGAUCUUGUUAUGUGCUCUAGUUCAAUCCCUAAAGCUCUUUGCAUCUUCUGGUUUCAUCUCAAAGAAAUCAGCUUUGACGAAUGUCUGGUUCAGAUGUUCUUCAUUCACACCUUCACAGGGAUGGAGUCUGGGGUGCUCAUGCUCAUGGCCCUGGACCGCUAUGUGGCCAUCUGCUACCCUCUGCGCUACUCAACUAUCCUCACCAAUCCCGUCAUUGCAAAAGUUGGGUUUGCUACUUUCUUGAGAGGGGUAUUAGUUAUCAUGCCCUUCACUUUCCUUACCAAAAGGCUGCCUUUCUGCAGAGGGAAUAUAAUCCAGCACACUUAUUGUGAUCACAUGUCUGUAGCCAAGUUAUCCUGUGGAAAUAUCAAGGUCAAUGCUAUCUAUGGUCUUAUGGUGGCUCUGCUAAUUGGGGGCUUUGACAUUCUGUGCAUCACAGUCUCCUACACCAUGAUCCUCCGGGCAGUAAUCAGUCUUUCCUCAGCAGAUGCAAGGCAGAAGGCCUUCAGUACCUGCACUGCCCACAUAUGUGCCAUUGUUUUCUCCUACAGCCCGGCUUUCUUCUCCUUCUUUUCACAUCGUUUUGGAAAGCACACAAUUCCUCCAUCUUGCCACAUAAUUGUGGCCAAUAUUUAUCUGCUCUUGCCCCCAACCAUGAACCCUAUUGUCUAUGGGGUGAAAACAAAGCAGAUAAGAGACUGUGUCAUAAAGAUCCUUUUAGGUUCUAAGGAAACCAAAUCCCAUAGCAUAUAA